AUGACAAACGAGAGAUAUGUGAGCCCACAACUCUUCUCUGAGACACCUCUGCUGGACGCCCCUGUAGUGCGCAGGCGCAGCCCCAACCCCAGCCCUGUGGGUGAGCAUCAUGAAAUUCAGAGACGGAGUGUUGCCACAUGUAAUCCCUCAGAGACUAUGGACACUGGGGUCAGAGCUCACUCAACCCUGGGUGUGGCCGCCUCUAAGGCCUUGUCCUCUAGGGUAUCUUUCCAAGACAUUAGCAGUGCUGCGCAAACUUUGUCAGGUCCCACAGCCUUGACCUUAGUGUCACUCCUGGCCCUUCAGUCCUUUGACCUAGCUGUGCCAAUCCACACUAAGCAGGGAUCAGUUGUGCUGACUGGAGGACUAAUAUCUAAAGUUAUAUUUGUAAUAUUAAUGUCUAUGUUCUUUACUUAUUUGAAUGCUAUCAUGUUCUACACUCUUUGCAGCAAGUCUGUGUUUAAAGAGACCCCACGAUAUAUUCUGUUUAACCACAUGCUUAUUAAUGACUCUAUUCAGCUCAUUGUUACUGCUUUGUUGUAUAUUUUAAUUCUAGCCUAUGUCAAGUUAGUCAUGGCUGCUUGUGUUUUUAUUGUUUUUGUUUUAAGUACAACUUUCCGUAACACCCCUUUAAACCUGGCUCUGAUGUCUCUAGAGCGUUAUGUGUCUGUACACUAUCCUCUAAGACAUGCUGAAAUAGCAACUCAGAAAAGAAUGUAUAUGGGCAUUGGAAUUAUUUGGUUUUUGGGUUUGGUGCACUUUAUAAUUGACCUGCUUUAUGUAGCAGUGACAAAUCCUAAAAUUUUAACUUCACAAAUAUUUUGCACAAGAGAUAAGUUUUUCGUAAAGCAAUGGCAAAUAGAUGUUUAUCAGGCCUUUAACAUAUUCUACUUUGUGUCAGUGUCUUUGAUCAUCCUUUUCACUUAUAUCAGCAUUUUGAUCACAGCCAGGUCAGUUUCCUCCAAUAAAGACUCUGCUGUAAAAGCCCACAAGACCAUAAUGCUACACCUCGUUCAGCUGGGCCUGUGUCUUACCUCCUUUCUCUAUAGCUUUAUAGAGCAAGCUGUAGCAAUGGCUGGCAACAGCAGCCUUUUCAGAGACAUUCGUUAUCUAAACUAUUUAUUUUUGUUGAUCUUGCCUCGCUGUCUAAGCCCACUCAUCUAUGGACUGAGAGACGAUGUUGUACGCCCUUUAUUCAUCUACUACUUUCGCUGUGCCACCGGCAAACGCAAGUCUGCAGGCAAUGUACACUAA